AUGGCGACUGGCCGAAUCAAUGUAGCUCCAAUGGCGCCAUUUGAUCCUAUGUCCGAUCCAAACUCUCUCAGUCAGCGCUGGAAAACGUGGAAACGACGAUUUGAAACAUAUCUUGUUGCUCUGAAUGUGACUGAAAAGAAACAAAAGCGGGCUCUCUUGCUGUACCAAGCUGGCCAAGAGACUCAGGAUAUUUUUGAUACCCUUGUUGACAUCGGCGAAGACGACGACUAUGAUUCCGCUAUCGCUGCCCUCGAUACGUAUUUUUCACCUAAAAAACAUGUCGAUUUUUAAAUUUUUAAGUUUCGUGAAGCCAAACAACAACCACAUGAAACAAUCGAUCAGUUUUCAACUCGUCUUAGGAAGCUGGCGGCAACCUGUGACUUCGAAAAUAUCGACAAGGAAGUAAAAUCGGCCAUAAUUCAAAACUGUUUAUCGAAACGUCUACGACGCUACGCCCUGCUUGACUCGGAAGUUACGCUAGCCAAGAUUCUCGCAAAAGGCAGAGCUUUUGAACUCAGUAAAUCGCAGGCAACCGGCAUUGAAAACGCACUUGACUCAACACACAUUUCUGACGAAGUAGUUGAAGCUGUCCAUCCUACAACGAAACAUAACAACCAUCGUGAUAAACAACAUACAUCGUUUCACCGCCAAGACUUUUACACCUCAUCAGAGGGUCGGAAUUGUGGGGGGCCCUGGCCCCAUAACAACAAUAUUUGUCCCGCGAAAGGAAAAUCUUGUCUGAACUGUGGAAAAUCAAACCAUUUUGCGAAAGUCUGUCGUAGUGCUCGCAAGGCUCGCGUCGGUCAACAAGAGAAUCGAAGGCUUUCAAAAAAAUACCACAAAAACAAAGUUCACAAGAUUUAUGGCAAACCCUCCAGCAGUGAAAGCAGUAGCGAGGAUGAAUUUAUUUUUACUCUGAAACCGACAGGUAGAGACAAAACAACUCCACAGGUUCAAAUCUCGGUCAACACCACCCCUAUCAACAUGGUUAUCGACACUGGUGCUUCCAUCGACAUCAUCGAUGAACUUGCUUUCAACACCUUGCAAAAACAGAGACCCAUAGCCCUUCAACGUUCCAAAACACGUAUUUUUGCAUAUGGAGCUACAAACCAGCUACCUGUUAUGGGACAAUUUCUUGCAACUCUAGAAUGUUUGACUGGUGCAACAACCACGCAAGUUCAUGUUAUCAAAGGAAAUUUUGGUUGUUUGCUAAGCUAUCAAACGGCAUCUGCUUUGGGUCUAAUCAUGCUGAAUGUUAACAAUGUGAAACCGGAACAUGCCACCCAUGAACAACUGAUGAAAGAGUAUGCCCAUCUGUUCAACGGAAUUGGCACUCUUAAAAAUUUUGAAGUUAAAUUGCACAUUGAUGAUACUGUCCCUCCAGUAGCACAAACCCCCCGUCGUAUUCCUUUCAACAUGCGGCAAAAGGUCUCAGAUGCGCUCGACACGUUAGAAAGUGAUGGAAUUAUUGAAAAAGUAUCAGAUGCCACUCCUUGGGUCAGUCCAUUAGUUGUUAUCCCAAAGAAAGAUGGUGAGAUCAGGCUAUGCAUUGAUAUGCGCAUGGCUAAUCAGGCAAUUCAACGCGAAAGACAUCCGACCCCAACUGUGGAUGAUUUAAUUCACAAAUUAAACGGCGCCACCAUAUUUACAAAGCUUGAUCUUCGCUCGGGAUACCACCAGUUAUCUCUCGCUGAGGAAAGUCGACACAUAACCACAUUUGUAACGCACAAAGGACUCUACCGCUAUAAGAAGUUGAAUUUUGGCACCAAUUCGGCAAGUGAAAUCUUCCAACAUGUAAUUAGCGAACAAGUCCGUGACAUUCCGAAUGCCAUCAACAUUAGUGAUGACAUAAUUAUCUUCGGCAUAACCCAAGCUGAGCAUGACAAAGCUCUUCAUGAAAUUUUUGAGCGGUUUUCACUCAUUGGAUUAACCUUCAACAAAGACAAAUGUGAGUUCAUGCAGUCAAUCGCAGCUCACAUUUUUUGGUUUUGUCUUCUCAGGUGAUGGCAUUUCACCGGAUCCAGCGAAGGUUUCAGCAAUUCACAACUGCCAACCUCCAAAUUCAAUUAAAGCUGUUCGGAGUUUCCUUGGGAUGGUGACAUAUUGUGCGAAAUUUAUCCCUAAUUUCAGUGAUCUCACAGAGCCUUUGCGAGAAUUAACAAGAAAAAAUGUGCCUUUUUGCUGGACAUCUAGGCAUGCUAAAUCCUUCAACGCAGUAAAAGCUGCCCUCACAAGUGCAACAGUUAUGGCAUAUUUUGAUCAAACCAAGGAAACAGAACUUAUCACUGAUGCAUCACCUUUUGGUCUCUCAGCUGUUCUGACACAGAAAGUCCCAGGAUCAGACCAACGAAAUGUUGUUGCAUAUAUCAGUCGUUCGCUGUCGGAUGUUGAGAGACGAUACUGUCAAACAGAGCGAGAAGCUCUUGCAAUUGUGUGGGCAAUUGAAC